AUGGCCAACCUGAACCGCAAGCCAACUCCAUACCACUACGAACAAGGCCACCCUCGGCGUCGUGAUUCCCUCUCUCUUUCUCUCGCUCCUGGUUCUCGUGAGCCCUCUCCGACCGGACAUGCUUCAGGAGUAUCCUCUACCACUUUGGGUGCCGGUCAUAUAUCUUCCGCAGUUCCUGUUCCGUCAUCAGAACCAACCGCUCGCAACCCACGUAUACACCGACAGAGCGGGAUCCCAUCCAUCUCUCGUCCUCGAGGAUCGACGAUAGGGAGCUCUACCUAUGGUCUUAGCUCCAGUCCUAGUCCUGGGUCUGCACAAUUGCAAACACCAACGCCUCUCGCCCCCAUCUCAACCUCGAAGAAAGCGAGCUACGCCCUCCUGUCAGUUUCUCCCACUCCAGCGCAUGCGCACGACCCUGCCGAACGACGGGCAGUCUCCACACCCGACCCACCAGACAGACCCGAUUUCUACAAGAACAUCAACGAGUACAAGCACACCGGCGCGAGCAGUCCGCCGCUCGUCGACUUUACGCGAUUCGAGGACACGUACCGCCCGCCGAGAGAGAGGAGGUUUGAAGGCUUGUUGGCGGUGUCAAGCAUGAGGUCUGGGUUCGGAUUAUCUGAGGGUCUGGGUCUUGGGCCUAGGGAGAGAGGGGAAAUGAGGAGCGUCAGUGGAGGAGCGGUGCUCAUGGGCAACGAUGGUCAACGCGGAGGCGUGGGCCGGCAGGGGUUGAAGUCGGCACUGAAACAUCCGGCCCCGAGAGAGGACUUCAGCUUUGGGACGCCGAUGCAAUCGAGUGGCGCCACGGGCGCCGGAGGGCCGACCAUAACUGUAUCGGAGCCCCCGCUUCCGGCGUCUGCACGCAAGCCCGACCCACGCCUCGUCCUCGACACAUUAGAAGAAUUAUUUGCUUUGCAUGACCAGACAGCAGGGGAGAAGGCGCUGGGGCACCUCGACGCAUACGAACUCCUCGGUGCACACCAGCUCGACCUGAUGGACUUUGAGGAGCGAGAGAGGAUACGCGGGGCGAGGAUGACGGGGCAGCAGACGAGCCUCGCUCGCAAUAAACGUCCUCUAGCUGUCCUCGGCGAACCGAUCCGUCGUGCCUCUUUGUACGCAUCGACGCAGAUGGUCCUCGCCGGGCGCGAGCACGAGCUGCCAAUCCUAAUAGUACACUGCGUCGAGGAGCUCUACCGCACCGGCAUCUACCAGCCCUCGCUCUUCCGCACCCUUCCCAACCGCGCGCGCCUACUCGAGCUCAUCGGGAUAUUCGACUCGGAGGUGCAACCGCCGGGCAGCAUCAUCCGCUCGCGGUCCAAAGGGUCGCGGGCGAACAUAUCAAUGGGGUACUCGUAUUCGGGGUCCAGCGACGGUGGUGGUGGGGUGCCGGGCCAGAUGAUGGGCUUUGGGAGUGCGACGUCCCUCCAUCUUGAGUCAACGCCGGAUGUAUGUGCGUUGCUUGCGACGUACCUCUCUUCGCUCCCUGAGCCUAUCUUACCGGCGUCGCUGUUCGAGGCAAUAUGGGAUGCGUGUGCAAUUGGGGAAGAUGAGGAGAAAGACGGCGACUCGGAGCGCGGGUCCGACACGAACACCCCCAUCGGUGGACAGAGCCACCUGCCGGCAUCAGCGUCCAUGCCUACGUCGGGGUACGCUUUUACCUCCUCGCUGUAUGCACAGGCGCAGGGCCAUCCGUCUGCGCAGACGUUCGCCCACCCACAGCAGCACCACCCACGCGCCCGAAUUUUCAAUUCCUCCGCCGAUCAUGCGCAGAUCCUCGCCGCCCAACUCCUUUUGCACCUACUCCCUUCACCGCACUUCAGCCUUCUCAUCUACCUCCUCGCGUUCUUCAGCCAGGUCGUUCUCGUGCGCGACGAGAACGGGGUGGGCAUCGAGGAUGUAGGCCGGAUGUUCGGUGCGCGGGUGUUUGGUACGGGAGGUGGCCAUGCACGCGCGGAGAACACGAAGGGAAAAGGCAGGUCGAAGGAGAGAGGAAAGAGUCGGGAGGAAGGGAGGCAGAGAGGCGAGGCGAUGAUGGUAUGGUUCUUGCAUCGCUGGGGCCUCAUAUCGGAGACGCUUUUCGAGGUUGUCGAGGAGGCGAAGAUGAGGCGCUCGAGGGUGAUGAGGAGGGAUAGUUUGGGUGGGUAUGUUGUCAGAGGACUGUCGCAGGAGCAAGAAGAAGAGAGCGAUGAGGAAGAUGGCGAAGACGAGGGUGAUAUGGGACGAGAUGAAGGAGGGCAGGAACACGGACUUGAAGACGUCGGAGUUAGACAGCCUGUAGAAGGGCGUGGGCGUCAUCCUCCGACGCUGCCCCCGAAGGACCAUGUUUCGGCCCUUCAGCAGAUCCUUUCCACUUCUCGUUCGCCCCCGCGUGCACGUUCGCCUCUGGCCAAACUCAGCGAAGCAGACCAGGAAAGCAUCUCCAACCUUCGCCUCCUCCAGCCUCCGGCUUUACAGAAGAGCCUCAGCGCUUCCGAUUCGUCGCGGUACAGCUUCCAUACUCCUCUUCCGCGUAUCCGGCUGCAAGAUGUGGACUUGGAGGAAUUGCGGCAGUCGACGCCGCGUGUUAGAGGGAAGAGUAGGGACAGGGAAGGUGCUCCAGGGAUGGAGGAGGACGGUUUUGUUCUUUCACCGCGAGUCCCUCCAUCGUUCUUCAUUUCAUCACCCGAUACCAACACGCCUACGUCCUCGGCGAGUGCGAGACAUGGAGACAUCAACCCCGUCGUGCACUCACGGCUGCUCCACAUCCGUGAGCGAGACCGAAACCACGCUCCAUCCACCUCCACGCCUUCCAUCCUGCACGAAAGUGGGCCUACGAGCGCCCGAGAUGCACCCACUCAAGACGAAUCAAGCGCUACGCUCACUCUUAGCGUACCCAGCGGUGGUCCGCGGCCCGUCCCACGCAUCGAGCGGGCAAUGUCGCACGACUCUGCGAGUGCCAGUGUUUAUUCAAUGCCUUCGUUAUCGGAAAGACUCAUGGACCUCUCCAUGUCCACGCUCAUGGACGUCGACACGAGCAUGCCCCAACUCUCCAUCGGCGACGAGCCUGAGGCCGAACAAGAACACAAGCAGGAGAAGGCGAAAGCGCGGACUGACAAUAUCGCCCCGCUCGCUGUUCCUCCGAAGUUGGCUCGGCGGCACUCAUCUGGUCCUACUCUUAGCCGGAUCCCCGCAUCUCGUUCUCUGCGAGGUGCGGACUCGAAGGAGAAGGAGAAAAAGGUAGAGAAUCUGGAGAAGGCGCUCGCUGCUGCCCAGGCCGAGCUCGCGGAGGAGAGGGCAAAGGUUGGACGGCUGGAAGCUCGGGUUAGGGAGCUGGAGGGCAACUCGGAUGUCAAUGGGCAUUUGGAUGAGGACGAGGGCGUCGAAUAG